GAAAAAUAUUGCGUACUUCCCUUUGCUUUCUCUCAACUACAGCUCUCAUGGCGUACUGUUUGGCUCCCGUUUCCAUCUCAGCUGGUUCUCAUCUCAAGGCACGUGAAGUUUGGUUCCCCAAGUCCAGCACCUUUGGGAAAAGACCAAGUCUGGCAGUUCGAAGGAAACCAAUUCCAUCAAAAUACCAAUUUUCAGUUUCUGCACAGUAUCGCGGUGGCAGCAGUGGUGGAGGAACCGAUUUCGUUGCUGGUUUUCUUUUAGGAGGUGCUAUAUUUGGAACUUUGGGAUAUAUUUUUGCGCCACAGAUUAGAAGAUCCCUGCUAAACGAAGAUGAAUACGGAUUCCGUAAGGCAAAGCAACCGAUAUACUAUGAAGAAGGUUUAGAGAAAACCAGGGAGACCCUGAAUGAAAAAAUCAGCCAACUCAACGCGGCCAUCGACAACGUGUCCUCACGUUUGCGAGGUGGAAAUAACGCACCUACUGUUCCGGUGGAGGCCGACCCUGAAGUAGAAGCUACCAUGUGAGACUCAUGUUUGUUACUGCUGAGUCAUCAUGGUUGAGUUUCAGUGAUUGAAACAGGUAGGUUCUACCAUUCGUUGUUUGAAAAUUACAUAUGGAACUAUGCAGUUCUGAUACUAAAUUUUAACUUUGUUGCUUAUUGAAACCAUUGGUGUAACUAGAGCUUGUGGCAAAGCAUUGUGUCAUUAUUUGUUAUGACGUAGUCCCUAGCUUGGGUCAAUAGAUAGAGACAGGGAUGGAUCGAGGGGUGUCGUGACGUUACACCUAGAUAUCUUUGUAUUUUUUUUAAUCGAUGAUUUAGUUCCGUA